ACUCCGCGCCGACUCUCGGCGGUCAAGACCCGGAGCCUCCUCGGGACCUGUCCGGCGAGGGCGCCCCGCGCGCGCUCAGGGUCAGGACGUCAGGGACCACAGGUGCUACCAAGAUGCUCCGAGGCUCCUGCUCCGCCCUCCUGCUCUGGGGGCUCCUGGGAGUUCUGCAUGCCCAGCAGCAGCAGGUCAUCGCACCAGAAACCUCAGAGAGAAGCAGCUGUCCAGAGAAAGCCGACUGCCCGGUCAAUGUGUACUUUGUGCUGGACACCUCGGAAAGCGUCACCAUGCAGUCCCCCACCGACAGCCUGCUCUACCACAUGCAGCAGUUUGUUCCACAGUUCAUCAGCCAGCUGCAGGACGAGCUGUACCUGGACCAGGUGGCCCUGAGCUGGCGCUACGGCGGCCUGCACUUCUCCGACCAGGUGGAGGUGUUCAGCCCGCCAGGCAGCGACCGGGCCUCUUUCAUCAAGGGCUUGCAGGGCAUCCGAUCCUUCCGCCGCGGCACCUUUACCGACUGUGCACUGGGCAACAUGACCAGGCAGGUCCAGCAGCAGGGGACCAAGGGCGCGAUCAACUUCGCAGUGGUCAUCACCGAUGGCCACGUCACUGGCAGCCCAUGCGGUGGCAUCAAGCUGCAGGCCGAGCGGGCCCGCGAGGAAGGCAUCCGGCUCUUCGCUGUGGCCCCGAACCGGAACCUGAAUGAGCAGGGCUUGCGCGAAAUCGCCAGCGCGCCCCACGAGCUCUACCGCAGCAACUACGCCACCAUGCGGCCAGACACCAGCGAGAUCGACCAGGACACCAUCAACCGCAUCAUCAAGGUCAUGAAACAUGAAGCCUAUGGAGAGUGCUACAAGGUGAGCUGUCUGGAGAUCCCCGGGCCCCCUGGCCCCAAAGGCUACCGCGGACAGAAGGGCGCCAAGGGCAACAUGGGCGAGCCUGGAGAGCCCGGACAGAAAGGGCGACAGGGGGACCCAGGCAUUGAAGGCCCCAUCGGAUUCCCAGGACCCAAGGGUGUUCCUGGCUUCAAAGGAGAGAAGGGAGAAUUUGGAGCUGACGGGCGGAAGGGUGCCUCCGGCCUGCCAGGCAAGAAUGGGACGGAUGGACAGAAGGGCAAGCUGGGGCGCAUCGGACCUCCUGGCUGCAAGGGAGACGCCGGCAGUCGGGGCCUCGACGGCUACCCAGGGGACGCAGGUAGCCCUGGGGAACCCGGAGACCAGGGUGCCAAGGGGGACCCUGGCCGCCCAGGACGCAGAGGGCCCCCAGGAGACGAUGGGGCCAAGGGAAGCAAGGGCUAUCAAGGCAACAGCGGAGCCCCAGGAAGUUCUGGUGUGAAAGGAGCCAAAGGUGGGCCAGGGCCUCGAGGACGCAAAGGCGAGCCCGGGCGCAGGGGAGACCCUGGAGCCAAGGGCAGCCCAGGCAGUGAUGGCCGCAAAGGCGAGAAGGGUGACCCUGGCUCCGAGGGGCCCCGGGGCCUGGCUGGGGAGAUCGGCAGCAAAGGAGCCAAGGGAGACCGAGGCCUGCCUGGACCCAGAGGCCCCCAGGGGGCUCUGGGGGAGCCCGGGAAGCAGGGAUCUCAGGGAGACCCCGGUGACGCUGGUCCCCGUGGAGAUUCAGGACAGCCUGGCCCGAAGGGAGACCCUGGCAGACCUGGAAUCAGCUACCCAGGACCCCGAGGACCACCUGGAGACAAAGGCGAGCCAGGCUCACCUGGCCCCGAGGGGGGCAGAGGUGACUUCGGAGUGAAAGGAGCACCGGGGCUGAAAGGAGAAAAGGGCGAAACUGCAGAUCCUGGUCCCCCUGGUGAGCCAGGUCCUCGGGGGGCGAGAGGAGACCCGGGACCUGAGGGAGAGCCUGGCCCCCCCGGAGACCCCGGCCUCACGGAGUGUGACGUCAUGACCUACGUGCGGGAGACCUGUGGGUGCUGUGACUGUGAGAAGAGGUGCGGCGCCCUGGACGUGGUGUUCGUCAUCGACAGCUCUGAGAGCAUCGGCUACACCAACUUCACGCUGGAGAAGAACUUCGUCAUCAACGUGGUCAACAGGCUGGGGGCCAUCGCCAAGGACCCCAAGUCCGAGACAGGGACCCGAGUCGGCGUGGUGCAGUACAGCCACGAGGGCACCUUCGAGGCCAUCCAGCUGGACGAUGAGCGCAUCGACUCGCUGUCCAGCUUCAAGGAGGCCGUCAAGAACCUCGAGUGGAUCGCGGGCGGCACCUGGACGCCCUCAGCCCUCAAGUUCGCCUACAACAAGCUGAUCAAGGAAAGCCGGCGUAAGAAGACCCGCGUGUUCGCGGUGGUCAUCACGGACGGCCGGCACGACCCCCGGGAUGACGACCUCAACCUGCGGGCCCUGUGCAACCACGAUGUCACCGUGACGGCCAUCGGCAUCGGGGACAUGUUCCACGAGAAGCACGAGAGCGAGAACCUCAACUCCAUCGCGUGUGACAAGCCCCAGCAGGUGCGCAACAUGACACUCUUCUCCGACUUGGUGGCCGAGAAGUUCAUCGACGACAUGGAGGACGUGCUGUGCCCCGACCCCCAGAUCGUGUGCCCGGACCUCCCCUGCCAAACAGAUGGAUGGCGGCCUGGCGAUGUGCCCCCGGUCACCUUCCUCCGCACGGAAGAGGGCCCGGACACCUCCUUCCCCACGAGCAUCCCCCAGAUCCAACAGUUGCUAAACGCCACGGAGCUCACGCAGGACCCGGCUGCCUACUCCAGGCUGGUGGCCGUGCUGGUCUACACCGCUGAGCGGGCCAAGUUCGCCACAGGAGGCGAGCGGCAGGAAUGGAUGGAGCUGUUCAUUGACACUUUUAAGCUGGUUCACAGGGACAUUGUGGGUGACCCCGAGACGGCGCUGGCACUCUGCUGAAGCCACAGGGCUGCCGAUGCUCGGAGAGGUCGGAGCUGCCCCAACAGGGCCGCCCGCAUUUGCUCCCCGGGCUGCCCGCCGUGUGCUGGGGGCUCUGACAACAGGAAUCUCUCAGUCUGGAGGUCAGACCCCAAAACCAAGGUGUCGGCAGAGCCAGGCUCCCUCCAGGGGCUCCAGGGAGAGUCCUCUUGACUCUCCUUGCUGCCUGCAUGGUCACAUGGCCUCCUUUCUGUCGCCUACCCUCCCUCUGCCCUCCUUAUAAGGACCAGGGGGCAUUUAGGGCCGACCAGGUAACCCUGGACAAUCUCCCAUCUCAAAGUCUGUAAUUUAGUCCUAUCUGAAAGCCCUAAUUUCACCAUAUAAGGUCACUUUCCCAGGCUUCAAGAUUAGGAUGUAGGCAUUUUGGGGGCACAGUAUUCAGCUGACCCCACCACCCCAGUCCAGCUGAGCUGUCCAACCUCCAACAACAUUUGAGGUUGUUAAGAGUUACCCAUUAAGGCAACCCUGUCCAAACUGCUGGCCAACAGGCUCGAAAGGGUCUAUGGGCACCACCUCUUCGUCCUCCGCCUGCCCCAGGCCCUUGGGGACCGCAGAGACACCCCAUCUCAGAGGCAUGCUCAGAGCCCCAGGGCCUGCUCCCCCAGAAGCCGGAUUAAUACAGAGGAGGCCUCAUCCUGAGCUGGGGCCCCUGCACCUGCUCCUGUCUGCACCCGGCCCGGUUCCCGCAGCCAGGGUCUUACCUCCCUGCUGCACAGGCCCCCGGCCAUGGGUUGGGGGUCAGUGGGGGGAAAGAAGAGGACCAGCAGAGCCCUUGGACAGCCUCAACAGCCCUGGCUCAGCCUCCGGCCUCUGUGCCCAUGUUGAGGAAAACCUUCCCCAAACCGGCCCCUCGCCACAUGUCUGCCUGCUUGUAGGACUCAGGGUCGGAGUGCCCAGAGAACAUGUGCAUUGAAAACAAGCUGCUCUUCGUUUGCACUGCCAUGAACAUAAGCUACGUCCUUAAUAAGCUCCUUAGAAAAGCAUCCUGUUCGCUGGCGCCCGGCACCUUGUAGCGACACACCCAGGUCGGGGUGUUCUGUAGAUGCCGUGAGCACAUCUUACAUGUUCUAUAAAAGCUGAGAAACAAAGAAUGUGAAUGCCUUGCUGUGGUCGGUUGUGUGCUGGGGUGACCUACUGCUGGCUGGGGUGACCUGCUUCUAGCUGGGGGCUGGCCCACCGCAGUCACCUACCCGUGCAGGUGGGUGCCGCGGCGGAGUCAGGUCCUGGGCAGAGGCCCUCAGGCUUUGGUGCUGCAGGUCAGGACCUUCUUCCUGAUGGGACGCCAACCGGCCUCAGGGAUGGGCAGACCUGGGCUGUGAACAAGAGUCCUUUCUGGCCCAUAUCCAGGAGGGGUGCCUAUGGGGUGGAGGAGCUGGCCGAGAGCAGGAGGACCAGUCCCGUCCCUGCCCGGCCCCGGUGGUGAUGAGGGUUGAGGUCCGGAGUGAGGCGUUGAGGAAGGAGCCUGGUUGCGUGUCUGGCCAGGUGGCCCCACAUGUGUGGGGAGUGGGUUUUCAGGCUGUGCGGGUGCCCACAGCCCCCAGAGGCCCAGCUUUGGUCCUGGCUGCAGGCUGGCCUCGACGUUGUCCGGUAUGUCCUUGUUGGUCAGCCAUCCAGAGGGGGGAAUAGAGUCUCUCCUCGGGUAGCAGUGAGACACCUAGGCUACUGCAAGGGUCUUGGCCACACUUGUGCCCACUGCCCACCAAAGCCUUGUCCAGUCAGAGGGGACACAGGUUCCUUCUCUUUCUGAUGCUCCAAGGGCCAGAAGAAAUGUGGCCUGGCUGAUGCCAGGCAGCUCUAGGGCAGCAGGUACUGGGGUCAGAGCCACAGGUGGGUCCUUGCGUCUGGGUGUCUUCAGGACCCAGUCUUCCAGGUCUCUUUACACAAUUACAAACAAGCCGACAGCCUCCCUGCCCCUCUCUCCCACACCCGCUCCCCAACAGACUGUGGCCCUUCUGAGGGUAUCCAGUUCUUGGGCCAAGUGAAGGGGCUUUGCUGACCCCUUCCUUCCUGGACGGCCUGGAGCAGGCACUAGGCAGUGCUCGUAGGGUGGAAAGGGCCUUCCGUCCCCAGGUUUGGAAACAUUUCCUGGUAGAGGCACAACCAAGAGAGAUGGUGACGGUCCGAGGAGACGACAGUGAGGGACACCAGACCCCUGCCUGGGGCUGGGGUGGGCUCCCACAACGGUGACUCUGGUGCAGUGCCCCCAGCUGCAGGGGCCACAUAGCUCCAGUGGGUGGGCACAGAGAGACAUGGCGCUGAGCGUGGGCUGGACCACGGUGGGGGUGUGGCCUGGCAG